AUGUUUGAGCGCAUGUACCGGCCAUAUACGUCGAUUAAUAACGUCCUGGUGGAGAAGGGUGCCGAAUUACUGGAGAAUCAAGGAAGGGCAUUUGACCAAUUGGCAGAAAGGUUCAGCAGCCAGAUACCGGAUAAUGUUUUCACACCAGCACAACUACAGGGCUACCUGCUUCAUCACCGGAACUCGCCUGAGAAAGCUGCUGACUGCAUCCUGACAUGGGUUGUUCAGGAGAAGGCGAUCAUGGACGAAGCACAACGACGUAUGAAGGCAUCAGCGGAGCGUAGAGCGAAGAAGAAGGCAUUGAAAAGGCUGAAGGCGUUCAAGACUCUAGCUCCGGAUGUAGAGAACGAAGAACCCCACAAGGAGAGUGAAAACGGAGCGGAGAAUGCGCAGGCGAGCAAAGCCCCAAUGAAGCAAGCCAAGGACUCCCAGAAUAAGCAUUACAGCGAAAACCCCGGUACGAAGCAGACGGAAGAUGUAUCUGAUGUUGAUACCCAUCAGACAGAUAUUGAUGUACCAGGGCAAUCAUGA